AUGUCACCCUUUUCAACAUGCCCAAGUGAUGUUAUGCUUGAUCAGUUGUACUAUAACAGCCCCUCAUCCAGUCUAUUGAAGGAUGGGAUCACAUCGCCUCCACGGGAUUUCAAUCGGCAAACUUUGCAGUCCAGUGCUCAGAGCGAGGGUAGAGUCAAAGUGUAUACCGCUUCUAGGGAAUCAAAGCAACCCAGCCGGAUCGGAUCAAUCCUAACUGUCGUUGGACUCUCUUUGACUGCUAUCCUACCUGGCAUACUGGGACUGGCUUUUUACCUCUCUUUGACCUUUGGUGCCCCUCAUGGUAAAUUUCUCUCCAAUGGCACCUACAUCAGACCAGAUGACGAAAGCUUCGCUUUGAACAUGCCAUUGGUAUCAUGUGGAAUCAUAGCUCCAUGGGUAAUGAUGCUCUUUGCAUAUCAUCUAGCAAACCACUGGCUAAAAGUUUCUCGUACCCCUCAUGGAUUUCAAAAACUUCCCAGUCCAUUUCAGUAUUUCCUCACAAUGGCCUUCAUUAAUAAUUCAACUCCUUUCUCUGUAUUACGAUUCUUGAUAUACGCCUUAAAACCUUCACCUUCCAAUCGUCAGCGUCUGUCUUUUACCAAGCGUAGAACAAGUCGUGCUAGCCUAUCUCCAAUCUUACUGUUAGGCUUCGUAGGGCUCUUGAUUGUCCUCACCUUCACUUGGUCUAUAAAAGUCAUAGAUGUGAUCUUACAUGAUCAAAUCGUUACUGUGGUUCAAAACAUUACCGAAAAGGAUAAUUCCACCUUCAGGGCAAAUGCAAUGAUCGAAAAAGGAUGCGAGGACCCGAUCUUUAACACUUGCGGUGUCCUGAAUCGUACUCUCCGAGCUAGUCAAGGUGGAGCCAAUACCAGCUCCGAAUUGCAGGUCUAUCAAGCUACGCCUUUGUCCGAGAGUAGAAUGUCUUUCAUGGGCCCGGCACUGCCUGAUUCUACAAUCAGCUUCAACUCAUCGCAUACAUAUGCUGCUGGUACGGUCUGUGAAGCAUUCCAUCCAUUUUGCAAAGUUCAUGAUAUGGCAAUUCAAAAUUGUACUCCGGGCACCCCUCCUCCACAUGGAAUCGGCCGAUGGAACAUGCUUCUUUAUGGUAAUGGUUUCAAUACAACGAUUUGGAAACAACGACUUCAAGUCUUCAUCACCGAACACGGGAACGUAUCGGGUGCAAAUAAAAAGCCGCUCACUAAUGGUGCCAAUAUCAAUCCAUUCACGAUUGCUACAUUUGGAUGCUUUCACAACUAUGCAAACAUCACAUGGGAUGAUAACAAUCAAAGCUAUCCUACACCAUUCUUCAAUUGGUGGUCAUUAGGUCAAGGUAUUAAAAACAAACCUUACAUGAUGUGCACAAUCUUGAUCUGCAAUACCACCGUAUACGAUGCUCAAUACAAUCUAACUGGAGGAAAACUUGUAUUGAUUGACAACAGUCUCACGUUAGCAAAUGCAUCAGCUACCUUGGCCAUAUCGGGUUCAGUUGCUUAUCUAGGGACUGCUGACACAGACUAUUAUCAAUAUGCUCCGCGCUUCUUAGAUGAUCAGUUACAAGUUGAUUUGACUGCAGCGGGAAACCAAUAUGGAGAGGACAGUCAACUUUUUGCAUCUGCAUGGGCUCAAGCUUUGUCAAAUCGGAUGAUAGGAUGGAGUGUAGGAGCUAUCGAAUUACAACCGAUCAUAGUCAACAAGACUCAAUCACAUUUAGCGACUUCUAUUCCUCUUUCAACGGCUUAUCUUUUCCUUGGGCUCCAUAUCUUAUUCUCGAUAUUCAUCCUUUCACUUGGUAUAUCUGCUUUGUUUCUUCCAGGAAUACUUAGACGAGAUCCAAGAAUUACAACUCAGCAUGAUAACAUGCCAGAAGAUCCUUCCCAAGAAGAUCUCCAAUUGAAUGGCGUAACUUUAAGUUUUGCACGAGAUAAAAUAAGUACCCCUGCUUCAUUGAUUCAUGAGUUGAUGAAUACUAGACGAUCACAAGAAUUGGCUUCUUCAUCUUCAGCACUUCCUUCUAUUUCUACACCUACUCUUCAUCGAACUCAGACAUUGUUAACAUCAAAUGAUAGGAGACAAUCGAAAAGAUUAUCAGAGUUUUCCGAAGCUGAACAAUUGAAAUUCUUCAUUGGCCUCCCAAAAUUACAUUACAAAAUAAUUUAA